CUCCCUGUCUGCCCCCAUCCGUCUUCAUCUCCCUUAUAUAAGGACUAGGAAUUCGCACUGAAAAUUCAGUCGCUCUCAAGACGAACUGGAAGAAUGAAGACCCUCAUCAUCCUCUGCUUCUGCAUGACCACCGUCUUCGCCACCGAAGGAUGGGUGGACUGCGGUGGAUCGUCACUGGAUAAUCAGCUGGAUAUUUCCGGCUGUCCCCGGGUUCCUUGUCAGGUCGAGCCUGGCGAUCGAAUUACCAUCACUGGUUCCGGCAUCGCAGGUGUGUAUUCCCGGACGCUGGCGCCGUUGGUCUUGAUCACAUUGGCUGGCAUUGAAUUGGAUAUCACGGAGGAGCUGGGAUUAGAUCUCGACGCUUGUAAUGGCUUGAUAACCGGGGAUUGCCCCAUCGAAGUAGGGGAAUCUGUCGUUUAUACCGCUACUGGCACCCUCUUCGACCUACCAGGACUCUCCGGCGAGUUGAAUGUCACGAUGAUAAUAGCCGGAGAUGCUGGACGGGAUGAUCCCGUGUCAUGUGGUGUAGUCCUUUUCGAAUUCAUCUGAGGCCUCAAAAUGAAAAUAAUUAUCAAUACGAAUGAAAAUAUGCAUUCUUCCGCACAA